AUGUGGCAGGUGCUUCCCAAUGUCUUCUAUCGGAGCUCAAAUGGAAGGCUGCCCAAGUCCAGUGACACGGUCCCCACCGCCGUGCUUCUGAAGGGUUCUGGACCUAGGGUCCACUUAUCCACCGAACCACUGCGCACCUCGGUCCCAUUCGAAGAACCUUCGAAGAACCUUAAGGCAACCUCUUCUACCCCUUGUCCUGUUGCCACCACCGCCACUGACACCGCCACUGCCCUCGCUCACCCCUCCGCGAAUCAUCUUUGCAGCAGCCGCCAAGCAUUACACCGAGCCCAACCAGUUGUACCGACCCCUGUUGCUGGGGACUGGGAGAAAUACCACAAACAUAACGUGGGCCGCCCCUACUUGACGAGCCAGUCCAUGGAUUCAUGGAUCCACGAAGCCCCGAGCCUGCAGAUCUACUCCCUAUCCGGUCCUCCGAGAGGUUGGUACGAGGUCGGCGUGUCCAGGGUUAAAAUCGACGCGGGAACGACUGUCCACGGCAACAAACCACACAACACCUUGGCGAUGAAAAGCUGCACCUGCCAACUUAACCCCGAUGCUGACCAGGAACUACACGUCAAUAUUGUUCAUGCAACGCCACUCACCGUCACCGUCACCGUCACCUCCAUUAUUUUAUUUUAUUUUUCAGUAGCCCGUCAGUCGCCACCGUCACCUCGAUCUAGCACCAAAAGCAGCGAUCGUCAUUUCCACUUUGGCCCGCCACCUGCCCUCCCCACAAAGCUUUCAUCAUCGACUGACAUCGCCGUGCCGGCCCUACGUACACUUACACCGCCAGGUCCCUUCCUCAAGCGCCGUAGACGCCUUCCGCAGACCCCGCAGAAACAAAUCCCUACGGCGGCUUGGGCCCGCCACCAGCGUUCCAUAUUCGUCCUGCCUACCGACCGACGGCUUUCCCAGCGUUCCCAGUCCUCUUUCCCUUGCGUGUGGGUUGCGAAGUAUCCGGUCCGCGCUCGUAUCAACUACGCGCUGUACCAACCAUGUCAUGUGCCGCCCGGUCGUUCUGUUUUCUUCGUUCCUGUCUUCGCUGUCUCCUGAAUGUCCGCUGUAUGGCCUUGUUACGAGUCGCAGGUCUCACGCCAGUUGUCCCGGGUGGAGAUGGUUCGUGAUGUCACGGAUACCAGUCUCGGUCAGCUUGGGUGCAGAGACGUCUCCAACCAGACAAACGGGGCCCAAAAAAAGGGGGGAAAAGAGGAAAAAAGAGGGUAAAAAAACAUACAACACCGGGUAUUCGCUGGUGGUCACCCACCCAACUACUAAUCCGGCCCUCAUUGGCUUAUCUAG